AAUGUAAAAGAAACAAGACACAAAAACAACCUCUUAAAUUGUAUAUAAUAUAAACAGAUAGUAAAACUGAUUUAAGCUGUCUAAAUUGUGGGAACUCGAGAAAAAAAAAAAAUAGUCGAACUCCUCCGGUCCACCUUAAAAUGUGACGUUAUCGUUGUAGCCCCGCCCCGGUGAGGUGAGAGAGGAAGUGGAUGGGAACAGGCAGGCCAGACCGACUCUGACAGCAGAAAUACGUCUGUCUCUGGGGAGCAAAAACACCCGCAAAACAUCAGACCCUGGGGUUUGUUCCUCGACAUCGAAGUCCGGAUGGUGUAGAAGUAGAAGAUACGUCAACAUGGUACACACAUGGGAGCAUCUCUCCACGAUGCUGAAACUACGGGUGUCACUUUUCGCCUUUCUUCUCGGUCUCGUUGUCUCCGCCGGUGACGCGAAGCUGCUCCGGACACGACGCCUCACCCCCACCGCGGAGGAAACGGUAGAAACUUAUGACAAAUACUACAAUUAUGUUGACUUAACCGGACGUUUACAGUCUUUAGCCCAGAAAUACCCCCACAUAGCCAACCUGUCGAGCAUAGGUCAGUCUGUGGAGGGCAGGGAGCUCUGGGUGAUGCGGAUCACCAAGGACCCCGAGAUAGACUCACCGGGGAAACCGAAAUUUAAAUACGUUGGCAACAUGCACGGCGACGAGACCGUGUCCAGGCAGGUGCUGGUGUACCUUGUGGAGUACCUGCUGGUUAAAUAUGGGGAGGAACCGCGCAUUACUGAGCUGGUAAACACCACGGAUAUUUACAUCAUGCCCAGCAUGAACCCCGACGGCUUUGAGAAGUCCAUAGAGGGGGACUGCAGUGGCGACAGCGGGGGUCGAAAUAAUGCCAAAAACAUGGACCUCAACAGAAGCUUUCCUGACCAGUAUGACGGAACCACUGUCCCUCCAGAUAAUAUACCAGAGGUCAUGGCUGUGAUCAGGUGGAUCCAGGAGAAAAAAUUUGUGCUGUCGGGGAACCUGCACGGUGGCACGGUGGUUGCCAGUUACCCCUUUGAUGACUCGGCAUCCCACCAGCGACAGGGCCACUACAGCCAGUCAGAGGACGACGCUCUGUUUCGCCACUUGGCCCUGGUGUAUUCCCAGCACCACUCUGUGAUGAGGACCGGAAUGCCCAACUGUGCUGAUGCCAUGGAGGAAACUUUUAAAGAUGGCAUCACCAAUGGGGCACAGUGGUAUGACGUACCUGGAGGGAUGCAGGACUACAACUACCUCCAUGGAAACUGUCUGGAGAUCACCAUGGAGCUGAGCUGCUGCAAAUAUCCUCCUGCUACUGAGCUCCUUAAGGAAUGGAAUCUGAACAGGGAAUCCCUACUAGCCUACAUGGAGGAGGUACAUAAAGGUGUUCGUGGAUAUGUGAAAGAGGCCGUCAGUGGUGCUGCACUCGCCAACAUCAGCAUUGUGGUGGCAGGCAUUCGCCACAACCUGACCACCGGGAAGUAUGGGGACUACUAUCGCCUUCUGCUCCCAGGAACAUACAACAUCACAGCUGUGGCCCCAGGAUACACAUCAGUGACAAUCCACAAUGUCCAGGUCAUGGAAGACAAAGCCAAAGAAGUUAACUUUACCUUGGCACCUGUGGUCAGUGAGGCCUCAGGUAGUGGCAUGGUGCCUACAUUCUCCACGCCAACCACCAGUAAUACAAACGUCUCCACCACCACCACCGACUCUUCUGGCUCCACCCAGACACGGGUGGCUCCCUCUUUGCUUCCGCCUGAACACCAGCCCAUCCAGCCCCAGGAAUUUCGUCACCAUAACUACGCUGACAUGGAGCUCUUCUUACGCAAGUACAGCAGCGAGUUCCACUCUAUCACCCAACUUCACUCCAUUGGAAGCUCUGUGGAAAAGCGUGAGCUCUAUGUGAUGGUCAUCUCAGACAACCCCACUGUUCAUGAGCAUGGUGAGCCAGAGUUUAAGUAUGUGGCCAACAUGCAUGGUAACGAGGUGGUGGGCCGAGAGUUGUUGCUCAACCUCAUUGAGUACCUUUGCCGUAACUAUGGUACUGACCCUGAGGUCACUUAUUUGGUCAACAACACCCGCAUUCACAUCAUGCCUUCAAUGAACCCUGACGGAUAUGAGGUAGCCGUUGAAGGAGAUGUGAAGGGCUACAAAGGGCGCAACAACAGCAACAAUUUUGACCUGAACCGCAACUUCCCAGACCAAUUUACCCCCAUCACAGACCCCAGACAGCCAGAGACUGCAGCUGUGAUGAGAUGGCUGAAGAGCAUCCCCUUCGUCCUGUCAGCCAACCUCCAUGGAGGUUCCUUGGUGGUCAACUACCCCUUUGAUGAUGACAAAGAAGGGAUAUCACAGUACAGCCCAUCGCCUGACGACAAGGUCUUCCAGCAGCUGUCCAGAGCGUACUCACAGGAGAAUCCUCUGAUGCACAAUGGACACCCUUGUGAGGACCUGUACCCUGAUGAAUAUUUUGAGGAUGGCAUCACCAAUGGAGCCAACUGGUACAAUGUAGCUGGUGGGAUGCAGGACUGGAACUACUUGAACACCAACUGUUUCGAAGUGACCAUUGAGUUGGGUUGUGUAAAGUAUCCUCCGGCCAAGGAACUGCCUAAGUACUGGGAACAGAACCGAAGAGCUUUGCUUCAGUUUAUACACCAGGUCCACACAGGAAUCAAGGGCACAGUCUCUGACAGUAGUGAUGGAACAGGAAUUCCCAAUGCCACCAUUAGUGUGGCAGAGAUAGACCACAAUGUCACCACAGCCCGUACUGGAGACUACUGGAGACUGCUGGCCCCCAGCACGUACUCUAUCACAGCCUCUGCUCAUGGGUAUAUGCCUGUAAGAACCUACGCCACAGUCUCAAAGGACAGAGUGGAGGUGGUGGACUUCAGGCUGACACGUUUACACUCAGACUCUAAAGGCCAGUCUCAAAACGGCCCCGUGCCCACCCAGAACCCAUCUGAGAAGGAGUUUCAGAGCCUUAUCAAGAACCUCUCUCUGGGCCGGGGUUUGGAGCAGCUGGUCAAGAGCACAGCUACAGAGGGCAUCUUCCAUUACCGACGUUACAAUGAACUGUCCGGUGUCUUGAGGAGCUUCUCUCUUAAUUUUCCCAAAAUUACAUCUGUACGCAGUUUGGGCCAAAGUGUAGAGUUUCGGACCAUUUGGGCUUUGGAAAUCUCCAACAAACCUGGGGAAGCUGAGCCAUCUAAACCCAAGAUCCGCUUUGUAGCAGGGAUCCAUGGCAAUGCCCCAGUUGGCACAGAGCUGCUGCUGGAGUUUGCUGCCUUGCUGUGUAUCAACUAUGGCAAGCACCCAGCCAUCACCAGGCUGAUCAACGAGACCCGGAUAGUCAUCGUGCCCUCUGUCAACCCAGACGGAAGAGAACAGGCUGUUGAGAAGCAGUGCUCCUCCACCCAGGGCUUGACCAACGCUCAUGGCAAAGAUCUGGACACAGAUUUCUUUGGUAACGCGUCACAGCGUGUGGUGGAGGCCCAACCGGAGACCAGAGCGAUGAUGGACUUGAUUCAAGACAAGGGCUACACUCUCUCUGUAGCCCUCGAUGGAGGCGCCCUUGUUGCUACUUACCCUUAUGACAAGCCUGUCCAGUCUGUUGAAAAUGAGGGCACAUUGAAGUACUUGGCGAGUGUUUAUGCCAACAACCACCCCAAGAUGCACCUUGGGGACACUGGAUGUUCAAAUAACGGACAGAUGGGCAACAUCCCUGACGGAGUUAUGAGGGCAGCAGAGAGACAAAGUCACAUGGGGAGCAUGAAGGAUUUCAGUAUGGACUUUGGCCACUGUCCAGAAAUCACAGUGUAUACUGGCUGCUGUUUGUUCCCUCCUGCUGAGCAGCUGGCCACACUGUGGGCUGAGAACAAGAAGGCUCUCCUAAGCAUGUUGGUGGAGGUCCAUAAAGGCGUGCGUGGCGUGGUGAGGGACAAGAGUGGAAAGCCAAUUGUCGGGGCCAUCAUUGUACUGAAUGGGGGUGUAAGAGUCUUUACUACAGAGGGUGGAUACUUCCAUGCGCUGCUGGCUCCUGGCAACCACAAUAUUGAGGCUGUUGCUGACGGCUACCAACAACAACGUCGAGAGGUGGUGGUAUCUUCCUUUGAAGCUGCCAGCCCCAUCAUCAUCGAGUUUGACAUGGACAACAGCAUCUUCGGUCUGCCCAGAGAGUUUGUGGUGGCCAGUGCAGCGGCCUCCAUGACGGCAUUGGUGGUGACAGCGUGCAUCAUCUGGUGUGUGUGUGCGGCCAAGUCUAACCGUCAAAAGGACGGCUUCCACCGAUUGCGACAGCACAGAGACGAUUACGAUGACGAGAUCCGGCUCACUUCUAUGGGCUCCAAGAAGUCCCUGCUUGCCCACGAGUUUCAGGACGAAAGCGAAAGCGACGAGGAGACACUGUACGCCAACAAAAUCUGAGGGCAGUUUACACCAAUUUGGCUGUUGGCUCAGUAUUUUUAUUUUGAUCUCCCCCUUAAAUUAAACCCCUGGCCAGGGACAGGUUGAACCUGGGGCAGCAUCUUUGUCUCUCUUUAUGACUGGGAUAAGAGUGAUAAAGACACUUUGUUCUGUUAUACCAACAAGCUCUGAGCACUCGCUUCUGGUCACCCAGUUAUUAGUGCAACUAAAUUGAUACUUAAAAGAACAUCUUGCUGGUGUCUCGACUGAAGGGCUUGUUUUUUUUUCGUGCUGCAUCGCUGCUUGACCAGUUCAACAAGAGGACAGAGGGAGAAGGUGAUAAAGAGAAAGGGGCCAAGACAGAGGUUUGGUCCUCUGUGGUUCUCAUCCGUCCUUUGUUGCAGGUUUUUGAGUCCCGCAGCUUUUUUUUUGUUUGUUUGUUUCCGAGCCAUUCGAGAGCGCUAUGGAAGACCACUGCCUGUCCUGCCCAGCUGAGGGGGUCAAGCUGAUAAAGUCCAAAUAAACUCUUAUUUCGCGGAUGUGUAAUGAACUCUGGAUGGAAGUGCUUAAUCUCACACAAUCUCCCCACUGAUAUGUCAUCACCAUGCAUUUCUUUCUAUACAGCUUUGAGCUAGGAAAUUAGAAAUGAUUUUGGCUUCUUUUAUUUAAGACAGCAUUGCCAUGUUGAAGUGUCCGAGCCUUUGGGAGACUGAAUCCAAUACUGUGCCUUGGCUUCUGUAAAGUUUACAGUCUGAUCUGGCUGCAGUAUAUGAGAGAAAGCAGCAACAUAGUGAACAGAUUAAUACUUGGUCCAUGUUGGAAUUUGAUCCAUCCUAUACUCAGGUGGUAGGAAAAAGAAAUUAUGAUUAGAGGACUGCUGAAGUCCAAUGUUGCACUGUUUCUGCACAGGUGACUCUAAGCAGGCUGACCUGGAUUCAGUAGUUUUUGUACUUUUUUCCAAUGAGUCAAUGUUGUGGCCAGAAUCAGGGAGAAUUUGUUGAACCAAGCUUGAAUGAAACCCAGUUAGUGCAGGGAGCUCUGACUUAUGCACGGAGGUCAGUUGCACUAAAUGGAAAGCAAGGAUUGUCCCAUAUCAUUGGCCAAGAAAAAAAACAUGGAUCUCUAAAUAGGUUAUCAUGAAAAGAAGAAUGUAUUUUGUUUUCCUUUUUGUUUUAAUAGGUUUGUUGUUGGAAAGUUUGAAACUGUCUCUACAUGGAAAAUGUUUCAUGCAUGUCACACUGAGUCUGUGCCCUGUUUUUGAUUUUUACCAUGUCUAUAAUCUCUCACUAUAAUGAAUAUCAAUUUUAUUUUCACCUGAGUAUCUUGGUGCAUUUCUCCACUAAACAAUACUUUGAAUACAAAAGUCAUACCAGCUUUGUCCGUCCAUUAACGAUCAGUGUCUACAAGUCGGUGUCAGAGCAACAGGUUGUGAAAAUAAAUUCAUAUUUUCUCAAUUUAUUGUAAAACAUAGAGGAUAUAGACCAUAAUCCAUCUGACUGUUAGAUGUGGAUGAAAGCUCUGCAAAGACUUGCUUCAUUUAGCAAUGCAGUAAUUUCAUUGGUCAUGGGACAAGAAAACCUGAGUGGGGUAUAUGGACAAAUCAGCAGAGUAGGUUUCAGGUGAAUGGCCUAAAACCAUAAUCUAUGAGGUGGCUCUUAAAUUGGGAAUGCUAUGCAUGUUUUUCAUCACAUACAGUACUUUGAAUGAACACACAAUUGUUCACUGAAGAAUUUGCCUUGAUUUCCAGUUACUAUGAGAAGAUACUCUCUCCUCCUCCUUUAACAAAUGCAGCUGUCGGUCAAGUUAAACCUGAUGUCUGUAUAGAGAGACAGUUUUGUAUAUUAUUUUUCUUUCCUAUACUGUGUCUGUGAAUGCGUGUGUAUGAAUUUUGAAAGUUGAGCGUGUGUCAGGGUCACGCAGUGUUGGUGUGAAGAUUUUAUAUUAAACUGGAAUCAACUGUAAAUAAUGUUUGCCAAUUGUGAAUGGGAGAAAAUAUGUGCAAUUCAUGUUAACCAUGAAUCUACACACACAACAAAAUAUGUCAUAGGAAAACCUCUGUGUGAUCAUGAUAUGCUAACAUGCACAAAAACUCAUAAAACACAAUGAAAUAAAACCUCUCACAACA